CGAAAUGUCUGUCAUAGUAUCUUUGGCCACUUCGUUGUUUGGCUCUUGACCUUUUCACCGAGGGUGCUGACACUCAAAACAUCAUCCUUCACCACCAAUUCAACAUGAGAGGUAUCUUCACAGCCCUCUGGGCUGCGACCUGCCUCAUGACAGGCCAUGCAAUCUCCGACGUGAAUAUGCCAUCACGCAACUGCCUAUCUGGCAACACAUACACGACCAAAGAGGGCGACACGUGCGAUUCCAUUGCCCUAGCCCACAGCGUCUCAGCGGCUACGAUGUCCUUUACCAACCCGAACAUUCUCAACUGCUCUUCCAUCCGACCCGGCACUCCUCUCUGUCUGCCGCUUGAAUGCGAUGUAUAUACGGUGCAGCCUGGUGAUACUUGCACUAGUAUUGCCCUGGGUGUCUACAGUAGUACGCGGAAAAUCUUGUCUUACAACACUCAGUUGAACUGGGACUGCUCAAAUUUACACUCGCCUGAUCCCUACUGGGGAUCGACAAUUUGCGUGUCCGUUCCCGGAGGAAAGUAUCCAGGCCAGGCGUUGAAUGCAUCUUCUUCCGAGCCUGGAGCCGUGGAUCCGCCCUCCGGUGCGACGGUGGCCUCGGGCACCACCAUGGUCUGCGGUGCGUGGCUAAUAAAUGACGUCGACCUCGAUAUAUCCUGUGCUCAAAUAUGUCUGGCUCACAAGAUCUCUAUUAAUGCCUUUACUGCGGCCAAUCCGUCGCUCGGAAAAAGGACCUGUGAUUCUGACCUAGUGGUGGGCGACGCUUACUGCGUGAGGCCUCUUCGCUAGUACCGGGGCGAAAAGGGACUGUAUUACGGCUGAUCUUUUGUGCUUUUCAUGUAUCUUGAGACUGGAGAGGAAUCAGUUGGAGAUAGUACGGCCCAGGCGAUUCUAUAUGUGUAAAAGGUGGGCGUUUCAUUGGUCACUCUUCAAACGAAGAUUCAACGUAAGCCGGGAACAACUAUAUG